CCUCUUCUUGUUGAGAACGUCAAGAUAGCCGUUGCCUUCUCGGAUGGGGGAGAGGGAGGCCGUGCAAUUUGUCAAUCUUUUGUUAUCACAGAUGAGUUCUUAGGGUGGAGGAGUGGUGCAAAUAGAAACGGCCCUGGAACGAAGCCUAAUUACCUUUAAGGAACUGAGAGGGCAACGGAUUUGCAUUACAUCACAUGUCAUGCACCACCUUGAUGGAGUACGGUGAACUGGGAGAUAGAACCUUCACAACGUGCCGUAGUGCUUUGCAAAGAGUAUAUUGAUAUCAUCGCAUAUCCAAGAGCUGCUUUUCCUGGUCAUCUUCCAUCCAAUGGUUCUUCUGUACCGUCCAAUCACAUGUGGAGUGCUGGUGAUCCAAGGGGCACAUCAGAUUUUCUGCGGAGUGAUAAAUUACCGAUACAUUCUGGAAGUUAUGGUUCAGAUGAUAUUGCUGGAAUAGGAACUCAUGCUACACCUGGACUUGGUAGUUUGGCUGCUGGAGCUACUGUAAGAGGAUAUACUCCAUUAGAAGACCCAGUCUUAACACAAAGAGAUGCAUUAGGCAUCAAGCCUGGCAUCGCAGACAUACCCACUCCUGUGAUAAAAUCUGAUGGUCCAUCAGCAGAUCAAUCUAACAUCCUUUUUAUUGACGGUCUUCCUACUGAUUGUACAAGGAGAGAAGUGGCUCAUCUUUUCCGCCCUUUUAUUGGUUUCAAGGAUAUCAGAGUUGUGCACAAGGAGCCUAGACGUACGGGGGAUAAGGCUCAUGUUCUGUGCUUUGUGGAGUUUAAUGAUUCCAAAUGUGCUCUGACUGCUCUAGAAGCUCUUCAAGGAUAUAAGUUUGAUGACAAGAAACCAGAUUCACCAGUCUUAAGGAUCCAAUUUGCAAAAUUCCCUUUCCGUCCAUCUUCUGUACGUGAUGACCCGAGACAUGGAAGUGCACACUGACCCACUCUAUGUGGCCCAAAUUGGAAGGGCGUCCUCAAAACUUGAUACGGAUAGUCAUGCAUAGAAUGAGUCUUUUACCCUGUGGAGACAUCUAUACAGGGAGCUUUUAUGCUGAGGCAGUCAUCAGACAGCUCGCCAGUGUAGCACCAGUGAAUUCAUGCACUUAUCGUAAUGACACUAUAGAUGUGUUAACAUGCAGGAUAUAUUGCCCUUGAGAAGUGUUCUUUGCUGACAAUGUAUUCAUGUCGGUUAGGUUGGAGAGCAAUGAGAAUGUUUUCCUAAGUAGUUGCUCUUUGUUUGCCAUUGCUAUAAUAGUGGGGUUUAAACGGCAUAUGAUAUUGAAGUAGACUAAUUUAAGUUGACUGUCUGAAUAUGGGAAUUCUUUGCUUUUUAAGAGAUUGUUGCAUA